AUGCGCAACACGUUUCGCAGCAUCCUCUUUUUCAUGUUUAUGGCUGCAAGCCAUGCCUCCGCUCAAAACAUUCCAGAAGUCGUCGAUAAGUUCCAGGACACACGAGCACUCUACUCAAGCGUGCAAAACAUGCAGCUUCUUCUUAGCAAGUUCGAACUGAAGGAUCUUCGUGGCUUCAGGGUUGACCCUUGGCAUUCUUUCCUCAAGACUCGUGGCGAGGAUGUCAUCAAUGAGGAAUGGCCCAAAAUUCGAAUUCCGGGAAAAAGUUACGGCAAAGUGCGCAUGCUUAAGCAGUUCGUGAGCAACCCAGCAUCGCAGGACAACUUCAUGACCACCGAUCCCGUUACGAAGAGGAUUGCCGCCAGACUGGUCGAGGAGUAUGCAAAACACCAGAACGCUAACGAUCACAUUGCGGCUGUCAACGAACACCUGCGGGGACCAGACGAUGCCGCUCAUCUUCUCAUUGACUAG